UGCUUCCCUUGUUACCCUUGAACCUGUCCGCACAAGAUGGCUUCUAUCGUAGGUAGACAACUAAGGCUGACACCAAAUCUUAUUAAAUCAUGCUCGCGGCUUGUGACUGUCGGUCAGAGAAGUUACGCUGACAUGGCUUUUACAUUCGCAUCUCCAUAUGAUGUCUAUUACAAAGAUGCCAAAGUGAGACAAAUUGAUGUGCCUACUUUCAGUGGAAACUUUGGUAUUCUUCCUAACCAUGUACCAACCUUAGCUGUCCUAAAGCCUGGAGUAGUGAAUGUUUUUGAAGAAGAUGGAUCAACUAAAAAAUAUUUUGUGAGCAGUGGGUCUGUUACAAUUAAUGAUGACUCGUCAGUUCAGAUCUUAGCAGAAGAAGCUCAUCCCCUUGACAGAAUUGAUGCAUCUGCUGUGCGUGAGGGUUUGACCAAGGCCCAACAGGAAGUUGCAUCUGCAUCUAGUGAAUCAGCCAAAGCACAGGCACAGAUUGCUGUGGAAUGUUAUGAAGCUUUACAGAAAGCAGUAGAACAUUAACCUGUUGUUGAUUGAUAUUGUCUAGUUUCUUUUGAUAUGGAUGUUUGUUGGUUCAUAUUCUUAUUUUAAAGUAGAUCAUUCUAAAGAGACUGUUUAAGAAUAUGAUCAGCUGACUUAGGUUCUUGUACUGAAUUCUGGAAGUUUAGCUAUUUAAUAAAGGAUUAUAUAAAAUCUCA